GUAAAGCUUUGCUCCGUGCAGCCGGUGUGCAGGCCCAGGCCCUCAGCGAGAUGUCCCGCAUGGUGGCGGACGAGGCUCCAGAAGUGCAGCUGAGUAUCGCCGAGGACACGGCCCCCUCGGCCACAGUGCAGAACGAGAGUCCAGCCGAGGAGUUUGCGAAAGCGAUGCUGCGUUGCCUGGACAACUUUUCGGGGAAGCCCGGCUCCUCAAAGCAAAGCCUGCUCGACCGGGCGCUGGAUGGAAGCGCCGUUGGUUCUCUCGAUGGCUCCUUGAGCUCAGGAAGGAGGAGUGCAGCAGCCAGGCGUGCCUUGCGAGAAGCGCUCGAGACCUUCCCCAACCGAGCUUUCGGCGCUAUUAGAGGGCGCGAUGGCCGAAGAAAUGACAGCUUCCGCGCCAGGUCGCAGAUACAAGCUUUUCCCACAAUGGUGCACCUGGCUUGGUCGACCGGAGGGGCCCUCGAUUGCCUCCGAGCAGGCAAAACCGAGCAAGCUCAACUUGGCCAUACUCAUGGCCGACAGUGCUCAAUAGAUCGGGGCAGCUGGCUGCUGGCUCAAGAAUUGAGUCUGGAAGUGGCGCCGCCGAUGAGCUCGUUCCGGAAGCACGAGGUGGCCGGAGAUCCAGUGUACUCUCGCUUGCACGACGCCCGUUGGGCGGAGGCAGCCCUAGCAAAGCUGCGGGAGGAGGCCGACUACCUCGAUCGCCGCCAGAAGUUGACUGCCAGGCUUUGCGGGGGAAGCGGAAACAAGGACAACGCCGAGACUCCGAGACUGCAGCCGAUCCCGAGAAGCCUCCGAGAAAGCCUCCGAGAAAGCCGCCGAAGACAGAUGCAUGAACCGCCCGGCCGGGCGUUUUGGAAUUCAUCUUUGUGUGCCUUGCUGAAAAGCGGUGGCCCUUUUCUCUGCUCUGCAGCGGGAGAGGAACCGAUCUCCCACGCCAUUCAACUGGCCUUGCCCGAUGCCCUUCCCUGA